CAUCGGACCAGACCACCAACCGGACCGUCGGACGGAUCAUCUGACCGGACUACAGGCCGGACCGUCGGACCAGACCAUGGCGCAGGCGGCGGAGCAGGCGGAGGAGCUGCGUCUGUACCAGCAGACGCUGCUGCAGGACGGCCUGAAAGACAUGCUGGACCACGGCAAGUUCCUGGACUGCGUCCUGAAGGUGGGCGAGCGGGAAUUCCCCUGCCACCGCCUGGUCCUGGCCGCCUGCAGCCCCUACUUCCGCUCCCGCUUCCUCGCCGAGCCCUCAGGCAGGCCGGCCGGCCUCGCGGAGGUCCGCCUGGAGGAGGAGGCGGUGGAGCCCGACGUCCUGGCCCGGAUCCUGCACUACAUCUACACGUCUGAGCUGGAGGUGACGGAGGCCAACGUGCGGGCCGUGUUCUCGGCCGCCCACCUGCUGCAGAUCCCGUCCGUCUUCACCAUCUGCGUGUCCUUCCUGCAGAAGCGGCUCAGCCUGGGCAACUGCCUGGCCGUGCUGCGGCUGGGCCUCCUGCUGGACUGCGCCCGGCUGGCCGUGGCCGCCCGCGACUUCGUCUGUGACCGCUUCCCGCUGGUGGCCCGCGACCCCGAGUUCGCCCGGCUCAGCCCGGACGAGCUCAUCGCGGUCAUCUCCAGCGACGGCCUCAACGUGGACCGGGAGGAGGCCGUCUUCGAGGCCGUGAUGCGCUGGGCCGAGGCGGCCGGGGCGGCCGAGGGCGAGCGGGAGAGCCGGCGGCAGGCCCUGCCCAUUGUCAUGGACAGUGUGCGGCUACGCCUGGUGGACCGCGGCUACCUGGAGAGCACUGUCGAGAGACACCGCCUGGUGCGGGCCAGCCCGGACCUGCUCAAGAAGGUCCAGAUGGUCAAGGACGCGCACGACGGCAAGCUGACCGUGCUCAAGAAGAAGAAGAAGGAGGGGAAGGAGGACACCGCCAAGACAAAGACGAAGCCUCAACACCAGGAGGAGGAGAAGGAGGAGGAGGAGGAGGAGGAGAGGAUGAUCCCAGGGGUCCUAAACGACACACUCCGCUUCGGCAUGUUUCUCCAAGACCUGAUCUUCAUGGUGAGCGACGCGGGCGCCGUGGCCUACGACCCAGCCGCCAACGAGUGCUACUGUGCCUCACUAUCCACGCAGAUCCCCAAGAACCAUGUCAGCUUGGUCACGCGCGAGAACCAGAUCUUCGUGGCCGGGGGCCUCUACUUCAACGAGGACAACAAGGAGGAGCCCAUGAGCUCCUACUUUCUCCAGUUUGACUACCUGGACUCGGACUGGCUGGGGAUGCCCCCCGUGCCCUCCCCACGCUGCCUCUUCGGCCUGGGCGACGCGGAUAACUCCAUCUUCGUGGUGGGCGGGAAGGAACUCAAAGAGGGAGAGCGUACCCUGGACUCGGUGCUCUGCUACGACCGCUUGUCGUUCAAAUGGGGCGAGGCUGACCCCCUCCCCUACGCCGUGUACGGCCACGCUGUGGUAUCCCACAUGGACCUCGUCUAUGUCAUCGGUGGCAAGGCCAGCGACAAGAAGUGCCUGAACAAGAUGUGCGUCUACGACCCCAAGAAGUUCGAGUGGCGACCCCUGGCCCCCCUGCAGACGGCCCGCUCCCUGUUCGGCGCCGCCCUCCAUGACGGCAAGAUCUACGUGGCCGCCGGGGUCACGGACACGGGGAUGACCAGCUCGGUGGAAGUGUACAACAUCGCGUCCAACAAGUGGGAGUCGUUCCCGGCAUUCCCGCAGGAGCGCAGCUCCCUCAGCCUGGUCAGCCUGGCCGGGACCCUGUUUGCCGUGGGCGGCUUCGCCACCCUGGAGACCGCGUCCGGGGAGCUGGUGCCCACCGAAUUGAACGACAUCUGGAGGUACGAUGAGGAGGAGAAGAAAUGGCAGGGUGUCCUGCGAGAAAUCCCCUAUGCGGCGGGGGCCACCUUUUUGCCCGUCCGCCUCAACGUCCUGCGGCUCUCCAAGAUGUGACCGCAGACCCCUUCCCUCCAGCCCCCCGCCCAGUGGGUGGAAGCGGAGUCGGGACCCCCCGGGAGGUGGGGAGGGGAGGCGGAGUCCCCUUGUACAUAGCUCCACAUUUCAAUGAAA